UCCAAUUAGUAAAAGAGUAUUGUGGUAAUUGGAAAUGAAAAUUUAUGGAAUUAAGAUAAACUUUAAUGUGCGAAGAAGCUAAAGGGCGUAAAGGCAACGGUUUGACUUUUGAGCGGAACGGAGAAGUAAAGUUAAGCCAUGCUUGUGCGCGCUAAAUAUAAGUUCGUGUCAUGCCACCUUAUGGCCGUAAAGACCAAACUGUACCACCAUCUCCUUCAAUCGUCCACCAACUCAACUUCCACUCCUGCCAAUACGUCAUGGAACAAAUCGCUCUUUGCCUACCUUGAAAUGCUCCGAUCUGGCUCUUUUCCUGAUGCCUUUGCUUUUCCAUUUGCGCUCAAAUCCUGCGCGGCUCUUUCUCUUCCAGUUACCGGGAAACAAAUCCAUGGCCAUGUCAUCAAAACGGGUUGUUUACUAGAACCCUUUGUUCAGACUUCACUGAUUUCUAUGUACGGUAAAUGUUUCUUAAUAGACAAUGCACGCAAAGUGUUCGAUGAAAAUCCCCAAUCAAGUACGCUAAUGGUUUGUUAUAAUGCUUUGAUAUCCGGAUAUUCAUUUAACCUUAGACUUAAAGAUACAGUGUCGUUAUUCAACGAAAUGAGAGAAAUGGGUAUGGAGAUUAACAGGGUAACAAUGUUGGGUUUAAUUCCGAUAUGCGGGAUUCCAGGGAAAAUGGAGCUGGGAAUGUCAGUUCAUGCUUGUUGCGCAAAGUUUGGAUUUGAUGUGGAUCUGUCUGUUGGGAAUUGCUUACUUACGAUGUAUGUGAAAUGUGGUGAAAUUAAUUCCGGGAGAAAGAUCUUCAAUGAAAUACCAGAAAAGGAGUUGAUUACUUGGAAUGCAAUGAUUAAUGGGUAUGCACAAAAUGGGCUUGCUAAUAAUGUUUUGGAACUUUAUAAAGAGAUGAAAUCAAUUGGGUUUUCUCCUGACCCUAUAACACUCGUUGGGGUUCUGUCAUCUUGCGCUCAUCUUGGUGCACUUAGUGUUGGUUGUGAAAUAGAACAGCAAAUAAAGAUUUGUGGAUUUGGGUCUAAUCCUUUACUGAACAAUGCUUUACUUAACAUGUAUGCUAGGUGUGGUAAUUUAGUAAAAGCUAGAGACAUUUUUGAUCGUAUGCCAGUGAAAAGCGUAGUUUCAUAUACAGCAAUGAUAGGCGGAUAUGGAAAUCAUGGUCUAGGAGAGAUUGCUACUGAGCUUUUCGAUGACAUGAUUAGGUCUGGCAUUAGACCUGACAGAGCAGCAUUUUUGAGUGUUCUUUGUGCAUGUAGUCAUGCAGGAUUAACCAAUGAGGGGUUGUAUUACUUUCGCAUGAUGCAUAGAGAGUAUCAGUUGCAGCCUGGUCCGGAGCAUUACUCUUGCAUGGUUGAUCUUUUAGGCCGAGCAGGUAAGCUCAAUGACGCACGAGAACUUAUUGAAUCUAUGCAAGUAAAACCUGAUGGUGCAGUUUGGGGAGCACUUUUAGGUGCCUGCAAAAUACAUAAGAACCUAGAGUUAGCAGAGUUGGCUUUUGAACGGAUAAUUGAGCUUGAACCUACAAAUAUCGGUUACUAUGUUUUGUUAUCAAAUAUAUAUGCUCAAGCUGGGAAUUUGGAAGGGAUGUUGAGAGUCAGAGUGAUGAUGAGGAAGAGGAAGCUGAAAAAGGAACCAGGUUGCAGUUAUGUUGAAUUUAACGGGAGAGUUCACCUAUUCUUUGCCGGAGAUAGAAAUCAUCCUCAAAGUGAUGAAAUAUACAAAAAGUUGGAGCAGUUAGAAAUUUUGGUGAAGAAAUUUGAUGGGUUUAAGGAGGAUGGUGAACAACUUCUAAAUGGUAGGAAUGUGCAUAGUGAGAAGUUGGCAAUUACACUUGGUAUCUUGAACACCAGAGAAGGAUCAGAUAUUGUUGUGAUAAAAAAUCUUAGGAUAUGUGGAGAUUGUCACUUGUUUAUAAAGUUAGUUAGCAAAAUUGUGGAUCAUCAAUUUAUAGUUAGGGAUGCAACCCGCUUUCACCAUUUCAGGAAUGGAUUAUGUUCUUGCAAAGACUAUUGGUAAUACUCGUGUUCUUUUUUUUUUUCUCA